AUGAUGCAGUUAGCCGACGAUCCCUUCGAAUUUAUAUCCCCCAUUAUCUGUAUUGGCUCCUUUUUGCUGAUGCUUUUGGGACCCAUUUUCAUGCCUCGUUUUUGGAUCCUCUGCAUGUCUGGCUACUUCCUCAUCUUUUUAGGUACUCAGUUCAAUCAUUUAACGAAAUUUUACAUGACAGCUCAAAGCAUGAAAAAAACCAUUAAUGCAUACAACGCUAAAUUAAAGAACCAAGAUGACGAGAAAGCAAACCAUGCCGUGGCUACUGAUAAUGACUUGAAAAACGCGGAAUCUUCUUUGGUCAACACCUACGACAGUGAUUUCUUGGUGCAUGCUUUUGUGAUACCUAACUAUGCUGAACCUGAAGCAUUGAUGAGAGAUACCAUUGGACGUAUCGCCAUCCACAAGAAAGCGCGCACAAACUAUGUCAUUAUUCUUGCCAUGGAAUCCUCUGAAAUCUACCACAGAACCAAGUCCGAGAACCUAAAAGAGCAUUUCAAAGACGACUUCUUGCAAUUUGUUAUUACCAACCAUCCUUCAGAUCUUCCUGGCGAAGCAAGAGGUAAAGGCUCCAAUAUCAGUUAUGGCGCUCGUAAAGGUACAGCCGAAAUGAUUGCAAGUGGGAUUGACAAGAAUAGAAUUAUCAUCACUAUCUGUGAUUCGGAUUCUCAUGUGCCUGAAUUAUACGUAUUAGAGGUCGAAAGGGCAUUCAGUCGUUCCCAAAAUCCUUAUUACAGAGUGUUUGCUCCGCCCAUCUUUUUUGGAAGAAACUGUUUCAAGGUACCAGCUGCUGUCAGAGUAACAGACAUUACAUGGUCAUCCAUGAUCCUGGCCAACCUCAGUAGCAGUCGAGGUAUUGGAUUUCCGUGUUCCACGUACAGUAUUAGUUGGAAGUUGGCCGAUCAAGUAGGCUACUGGGACACGGAUGCUGAUGCCGUUGGAGAAGACAUGCAUAUGACAUUGAAAUGUCUUUUCAAGACCGAAGGACAAGCUCGAAUGACACCUAUUUUUGUACCCAUCAACCUCACCAAUGUCGAAACACAAGGAUACAUUGAGAAUCUCAAAGCUCGUUUUGUGCAAGCCAAGCGCCAUUACAACGGUGUUGCUGAUGUUGCCUACACUUUGCGCAGUGCUCUCAAUCUACCUACCUAUUGCGUCGAUGCUAAUGGAGUAGGAGGUAAACCACCCACCAAAGCCACUGCCAAGCUGGAUGAGAAUGCAUGCACUACAUUCUGGUUUGAUAGAAUCGUCAUUGUGCUCAAAGUAUUGGAGACUCAUUUUGUGCCAGUGACAUCCGGAUGGCUCAUGUUCUUUGCUGUGCCUUUGAUGCAAUUCGCCUUUUAUCCUCCUGAAGGCUAUGGACCCUAUCUAGACCCUAGCGUCAAUCCUGUAUUGGUCUCCAGCUUCUAUCUUAGAGUUUGGAAUGUGCUGAAAUUCACUACCUUGUUUCUGCCGUUUCCCCUGUUUGGUACACUGGGCAUCUAUGAAAAUCUGCACCGAUUCAUCGACAUUGAGUUUUUUAAAAAGACAAAAGACGAAACUCGCACAAGGAAGAAUUAUUUUGACUAUGUCAGUAUGCCAAUUGCUGCUUGGAUGUUUAUGACACUGCCCUCCAAUAUCGCAUCAUGUAAGCGUUUAUUCAAGGCGAGAGAUCAGUAUAUAGUGGCAAAAAAAGCCUUCGUGGAAAACUAG